UUUUUUGUUUUUGACUGCCCAGAAAUAACGUGAGUACGCGCUGAAUGCUGGGAUUCUGCGGGAGCGGGCAUAUUGCUGAACGCCAUCUUUAAACCCCACAAGAGGCCAGGCUACAGCUGAACACCGGGCUGAGAGAACACUGUCCCCCGCAGCGGGAUACAAGUUCCGAUUGUUGGGAAUGUGUGGUUGUUUCCCGCUCAAGUUAAUAAUAGGGAACUGCCCGAUGGGACUGUGAGGAAACGACCACUGGGCCCGACGUUACUGUUUAUAAUGUUGUGAUGAUACGAAGACAACAACAAUAGAGGGAAAGACAACAACAACGGUCAGGUCCGCUGUUAGCACUGCGCUGUUUUCACAGCUAGCUCCAAGCUAAUCAACGUCAGCUACUUCAUUAACAAAUCUGUCCGGUCGCGCUGAAAUCUGACCGGACGGUGUGAGCAGCGGACGCUGGGUGUCCAACUUCUUCUGAAGGCGGCCCAGCCGGAGAUGCAGGGAAGAUGUCGGUGUCGGGGCUGAAGGCCGAAUUGAAGUUUUUGGAAUCCAUUUUUGACCCAAACCACGAACGAUUCAGGAUUAUAGACUGGAAACCUGACGAGCUAAGCUGCCAGUUCAACGUAACUGGGGAGAAGCUGCUUAUUAUCCACUGCAACAUAACGGAAUCAUAUCCUUCUACAUCGCCUAUAUGGUUUGUGGACUCCGAUGAUCCGAGCUUGGCACAAGUUUUGGAGAGGUUGGAAGAUGUGAGAAAAGGCAGCACUCUGCUCUUGCAGCAGUUGAAGAAACUCAUUUGUGACCUGUGUCGACUGUACAAUCUGCCCCAACAUCCUGAUGUGGAGAUGCUGGACCAGCCCCUGCCUGCAGGACCCGUGGGACCAGACAGAAAGCAUGGGACAGAUGAGGUCACCUCUGAAGAAGAAGAAGAAGAGGAGAUGGGAGAGGACAUAGAGGAUCUGGACCAUUAUGAAAUGAAAGAAGAAGAGCCGGUUGAUGGAAAGAAGUCUGAGGACGAUGGCAUUGAGAAGGAGAACUUGGCCAUCCUGGAGAAGAUAAGAAAGAACCAACGGCAGGAUCACUUAAAUGGAGCUGUUUCAGGCUCGGUGCAGGCCUCUGACCGCCUGAUGAAGGAACUCCGAGAGAUCUACAGAUCUCAGAGUUACAAAACAGGCAUUUACUCAGUGGAGCUCGUCAACGACAGCCUGUAUGAAUGGCACGUCAAACUAAGGACGGUGGAUCCUGACAGUCCUUUACACAGUGAUUUACAAGUCCUGAAGGAAAAAGAAGGAAUGGAUUACAUUUUACUAAACUUCUCCUAUAAAGAUAAUUUUCCCUUUGAUCCACCUUUUGUGCGGGUGGUGUCACCUGUGCUGUCAGGAGGAUACGUUCUUGGAGGCGGUGCCCUGUGCAUGGAGCUUCUCACCAAACAGGGUUGGAGCAGUGCCUACUCCAUUGAGUCUGUCAUCAUGCAGAUCAAUGCCACUUUAGUUAAAGGAAAAGCCAGAGUGCAGUUUGGAGCCAAUAAAAACCAGUACAAUCUUGCCAGAGCACAGCAGUCCUACAAAUCUCUUGUUCAGAUCCAUGAAAAGAACGGCUGGUACACACCCCCUAAAGAGGAUGGCUAAGGCAGACUUUUCCCUUUCCUGUGGUGGGACCACAUUUCUUUCUUUCUUUCUUGUGACCAAUUUUUGGGUUUUGUUUUUUUUUAGUCCUGCAGACUACUUAGUUCUUGACAUCAAUGAAAUUUUGAACCAAAUUCCAAAUUGCGUUGCCACCCAAAAAUUAGCACAUUGACACACAGUCAGUCUCGUCCUCAUCUGAUCUAAGUCCCUCUGUUCCAUGGACGUUUGUCUCCGUGUGCAUCUUUUGCCUGAUACAAUCUGAACUUUCUCCAGCGCAGCGUUUGUUCUGUACGCCGGGAUAAUUGACUAAAACUGGCAAACUCACCCUUGGUCUUUGGCGUCGAGCAUGUCGAGGUUACACGCUGGCUGCGAUGUGGAGCAUGGCUUUUUAUCCUCCAGCUGUGCAGUCUGAUGCUCCAGCCUCAGGACGAGGCCUCUCUGGCCUCAGACUGGAUCCAGGAACGGCAUGUGUUCAUUGGCUGAUAAGACGCAGCAAAGUCUUGGACACGAACAAUGCUGGCAGUGGUUUAAAGUUAAAGAACCACUGCCUUUCCUCUGUUUGGACCAAAACCUCUGUAAUAUUGUGCUCAUAUAUUAUCUUUGUGAUAAUAAGACCCCUCCUCUGGAAUAACAUGCUUUUGAAGCUGGCUUGCAUUUAACACCUCUUGUCCAAAAGAGCUUCAAGUCUUGAAUUUACAAGAGGGAAGUGAUGGAGAAGUGACAUUUGACCGCCUGACCAGGACGGGCCAUAACAAGAGACAGAAACACAAUAUCUGACUGAGUUAAAGACCACUGUCCUCUUCAUAACCAGCAGCUGCCAGACCGCCUCCUACUGGAGGGGUUUGGUGCGCAGCUAAGGAUCACACUGUAAUGUAGUUGAUUUUAAACUCCACAUGUAAACAUGUAAAUUUGUAUUACUGCAAAAAAAGGAUUUAAUUGUUUAUAAUAUAACCUGGUCUGGGUCUAACUCGACGAAACCUCUCGACCCAGUUUGAAUAAGAAAAGCCUUGUUUGAGGAGAACAUUGUGGAAGGAAACGAUGUAUGUUUAAUGACUACUGCAGUUUUUUUUUUCUGACUUGUAAUCCUCAUGUUAUUGUCAACAGUGACAUCAUCAUUCCCCUUUAUUUGAUGGAAAGUGCUUCAUGUCAAUUAUGUAGAUGCAGUCAUUUUUGGCAUUCCAGAGGGUUGGCGCUCCAGAUCUAAUCUCUCCAACCAGAGGAACCUCAGUGAGGCCAUGCAGUGACGAUGCAGUGACGAUGCAGUGGAGACCUGGCUGUGCUGUAGUGUUGUGUAAACUAAAUAGUCUUAACGCUCCACAGCAGUUACCAGCUUGGUUUCUCACUGCAACCAUUUUUCCCAGGAAGAAGGUUGUCUUCAUCACCUUCUCACUUGUAUCCUGACCUUGUGACUUCUUAAAAAAACAUCUGAAAUGACAAACUCACAGCAAUAGCCUCAACCUUUUUAACUUCUGACUUCACACCUGGGAAGAGUGACUGGAGUGGUUUUUUUCUAGGAUGAUUUGGUGAGUUUGACCACAAGGGGGACCCGGCUCUUCCUUCUCCCACCUCUCUGGUAACUCUUCCUCACCGCUCUCAGCACCGCUGUACUCCUCAGUGUACUGACUCUUUUAAUGUAAUGUGAAUAUUAUGCAGAAAACUGUGUGGAGCAUUCUGCGGUUCCAACUUUCUUUGUGGGUGUUCUGUCGUGUGGUUAUUUGCUUUAAGUAUAUCGUCCUGACAAGCCAGCACACAAAGCUUAGUUAUGCUCAUUCAGAAGGCCUGUUUUUUUCCUCUCAGUUUGACCUUUGGUGACACUAACCUCAGACACCACCACCACCAGGAGAGAAGGCUGUGAAAACACACAACUCCUCCAUUGUCUCCUUCCUCCUCCAUUUUAAUCCUGUUGUCGAGUCCAUCCUCUGCAGACUCCGGAGGAACUCAGGAAUACAUUUUGCAAAUAAUGGCUUCACAACAUUGUAUCUGGAAAUCUAAUGUGUCAGACUUUAUUUUUGGGGCCAUUUUUUCCAGUAGUCAUUCCAGUGUGUUGUUGCCUUGAACACACGUGACAAUUGAAACGGAAAAAAAAAAAGAAAAGAUUUGCUUCAAAGUUUGAUCAGAACUGUAGAAAACUUCAGCCCUGUGUCUGUGAUGUGUCUGUGUUCUUGUCAGUGAAUCAGUGGGUGAUUUCACCCUGAACUACUGAAGGAUAUGUGUUUGGUGGGAAGUAUCUUGAUUUGAAGUGAAUCUCCGUCAAACACUGCGUGAGACCUGACAAACACCACAGACUUAAUAACAAUAUUCCCCACAAAUGUAGCUCUUCAGUGGUGUGUGUGUUCUCUGUCUGCCGUUCACCAAAAAAAAAAACUACUAUUCAUUCAACCUGGUUUAGUCACAGACUUCACCUCUUGGAGCGAUACAUGGGUUCGAGGCCUGUUUCUGGGUUCUUUACUUGGCUUCAUUAACAGCGUUGGCUGGGUUCUAAAGUUACGCACUGUCAGCAUGCUUUGGUUUGGUUUCUUUUUUUUAAACAUUGCAAGGGUGAUUUUCACCAUGUAAAGUAAUUUGUAAACUUGCAUCAAGUUUAUGAAUAAAGAAUUUUAUGACGUAA